UAUAUUUUAUCUUUUUUGCUUUACUCUCAAAAUGACUACAAGAUCAACUAGUUACACCAUAGCGGAAGACGCAUUGUCGUGUCAAGUGUAUUUAGACAUAACUCAAGACUCAACCAUCGGCAAAUAUCAAACUGCAAAUGAUUUUUGGUCACGAAUUGAGGCUAAAUACAAUGAACACCGUGAACAAAAUUACGAGCGCCGUAAUAUACGUUCAUUUCAUUCAAGAAUGGAUAUAAUAAGUACUCAGGCACAGAGGCUAAAUGGGUGUGUCAAGCAAGUUGAGAAUUUGAAUCCAAGUGGUGCUUCUGAAAAAGAUAUUGUUUGUAAUGCUAUACGUGGAGAGAGUUUACAUCAUUGGACCCAUUGGACACACAUCUGCCAUAUUCGAAGACUCUACAACGGCCAUCGCUUCACCUUUUCAUAUAUUGACCCGGGUGUCAAUAGAGCAGCAGACUACUUGCCUACAAUAAGAUCCAGAUAAAAAGAUCACAAAAUCACUUUAAUCAUUUUGUAGACAUUCUCAAAUUUGAUGCUAUUAGCUACCCGUAUGUAAUCUAGCAAUUUUCUUGGUAGGCUCGGUCUUAUGCCCUCCUACUGUGUAUCUUUCCUUAUUAAUAAAUAGCUAUGGUGUUCCCCGGCCCUUACCCCAUCCUCGG